AUGAUCCCUGCAUGUCUAAAUGUGCCAGACCAAAGAAUGGCGUUGGAGCGUACUUACCAACUGAUACCCAAUCUUCCCGAAGAAAUAAAAUCCGGUCCAAUUUUUAUACUUGCUGUAGAAUAUUUCUGGGUACUGGUACCCUUCAACUCCAUGGCUGUAAUUGUAGUCAUUGAAUCGUUUUUGUUCAUUGGUUUAAUUAAUCGAAACAUGAAAUCCUCAUCAAGACAAAUGACUCUCUCGGAAAAUACAAUGAAACUGCAGAAGAAAUUUAUGCGGGCUUUAUACGCACAGGUAACCGUAUUUCUUCUCAAUGUUCAAGUUCCAAUUGUGUAUAUCUUAUACUCUGAAACUUAUGGCUUUUACAGUCAAGAAGCGAACAACUUAGUGUUUAUAGUUGGUUCUCUGCAUGGCAUCAACUCGACAUUGAUCAUGUUGUUUGCCCAUAAACCAUAUCGUGCAGAGUGUGAAAAAGUGAUCAUGAGUGGACGGGACUUCUUCAAAAUACCUCCACGAACCGUUGGAAGCAGAACACAACGAACUCGAGUUUCGUCAACAAUUGUUUCAUUUUAA